AUGAGCAAUUUAUGGCGGGCAGCAUGCCUACAAAUGCUUAUAUCGUUCCUGCUAGUGCACCAGGGUCGAGCAAAAGACGAUGAACGAUUUGGUAAAAACAGUUUUCCUAAAGUUUUUGAAAAUAUCUGAUUUUGUUCAGUUGAAAGAGUAGAAUGUAUCGCUGAAGCAAUCACAGUUGUGAUCAACAAAUCCGAUCCAGAAGUAAUGCGUAUGAUAGCCGAUCCGAAAUCCCAGCCAGUGGUAAAAAGAUCCCUCUCUUUUCAAGUCAUUCUCACAUUUUCCUUUUCUAGGUCUACGUAUUCGGUCAUAAAACCCGUCAUCCUUGUGGAACAUCCAUGAAAAAUGAGAAAGGACUCACUAAUUACAACUUGACGAUUCCUUAUGGAAGCGAGUGUGAUGUGCCGCUCACCAACUUGGUAGGCUAACUAAUUGACCCAAAUAGGGGGGAACUUUCAUUCAUUUUCACUUUUAGCCGUCUCAUCGCUACGCCGAGACUACUAUUGUCUUGGAGGAUAAUGCGGACUUGGCGUUCGGAAAAAUGACCAGACUCAACCACGUUUUUUGCCUGUAUUCGAGUAGUGUGAAGACUAUCAAAUUCAGUGAUGUAUCAGAGUGAGUAUCGUAUAAUUUAUAUCUUAUACCGUAUACCGUAUACACGUGUUUAGUGGUCAUCAAGUCUACGCAUCUACUGGAGGCAAACCAAAGCCGAAGGUCCAAAUGCUGUUCCGAAGCAUUGAUGGCGGCAAGACACUCCAAGCAGUCAGGGAAGAUGAUCCGGUCGAGUUUUUCAUUGCACUCGAGAAAGAUUGUACGUUUACACUUGAUUUUAUGAUGUAUAAUAUCUAAUUGCAGCCGCCUACAACGGAAUUUCCCCGAAAGAGUGCACGUUCAGUGAUCGAGAAGACAUCAGUGCUCCAGAUGCUCAGAAAGUCACUUUUGUGCAAGGAGGGUGAGUUCAUCUGCCUCGCGGUUUCCUGUGACCUUUCCUUUUCCUCCGAAAAUUAAAAUAGAACACGUGUCAUUAAUUUCGACAUCAUAGCUUUCUCUUGGCCUCCUAUUCUCCCGUCCUCUCUACCAUUCUGCUUGUGAUACUGCAUGCCAUUAAAUUGCGCGCACAAGCUGGCCCCUUCUCCUUCUCCCAAUCUGUGGUGAACCUAAUAAAAAUUUGGUGCAAAUUUGGCAGGUGUCCAGUGAAUGGCAUGAGCGAGAUAAUUGAGCCAUUGGCAAACGUGAACGACCAAGUGAGUUGGAUUUAUGUUCCCCCCGGGGGCUCCAUGGCCUUAUUGGCUCGUGGUCCUGCUCCUGGUGAACUCAAUCGGAAAGGGUAAUUUGCAAACGUUCAGGUCUACUUCACCAAGUUCCGCACUUUCCGCCUCGGCAACCAGAGCACCGUAUUCGUACAUUGCCAGGUUCAAGUUUGCCUCAAAAAGGAAGAAUGCUCAAGGGUGAAUCAUCGGCUCGACAAAUGUUGUGGUUAAAUUCGUCAUUUUUUUCCAGCCUUGCUACAAAAGAAUAUCUGAAUCGAAUUUGACAGCGGAGCGUCUGCGAUUCCGACACAAACGUAGCAUCACCGGCCAUGGGAACAACAACACCGCGGAAAAGUGGAGAUCAAAAAGAUCAACACCAAAGGAUGAUACGGGCUCUCUUGACAUCACAAACUCUCUCACCGUUGUCAGAAAGACAGAAGCUUUAGAAUGUGGGCAGAAGACAAACGAGAAAAAUUGUAGAAAAGUACAUGUUUCAGUGCCAGUCAAAGAUACUUCCAUCCUGGCACGACCAGGAGUCCCGAGCCCUAUAAGUAGACAGCCGAGCGCACAAAAAACGGAGGUCUGUCAGAAGAGUUCUGGAUUCGGAUUGGUGCCGGUCUCGAUCAUGGCGGUGCUGGCCGGUCUGCUGUUGAUCUCCACCGGAGCUGCCAUCUACUUUGGAUGCAAACUGAGGAACAUGAAUAAGGUAGGAAAACGGCACUUCUGGAAAAUGAAGCUAUGCGUACCCUUUUUCAGAAGAACUCGUUUGAUAUGAUGUCCGCGUUCUCAAACCCUAACGUCCCGGCUCCGGUCACCUACUCGCACUACCAAGCAUCCGCGUACAUGGACAGCGUCUACCGCUGA